GCUUCUUUCAUCAGCAGCAACAGCUCGUCAGACACCUCGGUAGCUUGCUAGACAAAUAGCCGAACCAAUAUAGCUCUUUAGACGCUUUAGUGUAUAUUAGCCACUGUGUUUUAAACCCACUUCUGUGGUCUAGAUAGUUAUCCGAUUUAAUUUCAUAUUUACGUUGUUAUUGGUCAGCUAGCUGGCUGGUUAAGUUAGCUUUAGCCUAGCUAGCUAACUGUUAGCUAACAUCACCGACCAUGAGCUCCCUAAGCAACUCCCCUCCUGUUGGAGAAGAGGAGGUCUGCUGGACGGAGAAAGAGGGUCGGUGGCUGAACAUUGUCGUGAAAGAGGAGGCGGAAGAGGAGGAUGUCACAGUAACAAAAGUGGAGGAUGUCACAGUAAAACAAGAAGUAGAGGGUGAGGAUGUUACAGUGAAAGAAGAGGAAGACGCGUUCAGAGUGAAAGAGGAGGAAGAUAUUACAGUGAAAGAAGAGGAGGGAGAGAUAACUGUCAUAUUGGAAGAAGAAGAAGAGGUUGGAGAACUGAUUAACACCAGAGAGAGACAAGACUAUCGUGGAUCCUCUGAGGAGCCUCAACAACAUCAUGAUGCUGACGAGGCAGAGAAGAGUCUCUCCAGAGCAGAAAACCUCAAGAAACCCCAGCAGAGACCCACAGGGAAGAAAUAUCACCACUGCCCGGACUGUGGGAAGAGUUACUCAAGAUCAGAUUCACUAAAAGUACACCUGAGAAUUCACACAGGAGAGAAACCUCACUGCUGCUCUGACUGUGGGAAGAGAUUUACCUCUUCAGCAGACCUUAAAAGACAUGAGAGAAUCCAUACAGGAGAAAAACCUUAUAGCUGUAAUCAAUGUGGGAAGAGUUUCACAACAUCUAGCCAGCUGACUAUACACCAGAGAACACACACAGGAGAGAAGCCUUACCACUGCUCUGACUGUGGAAAGCGUUUUCUUAAGUCAGGACAUUUAAAAUCACACCAGAGAACACACACAGUAGAGAAACCUUAUAGCUGUGAUCAAUGUGGGAAGAGUUUUACUCACUCAAGCUGCCUGAUAGUACACCAGAGAACACACACAGGAGAGAAACCUUAUAGCUGUGAUCAGUGUGAGAAGAGUUUUGUUACUUCUAGCCGUCUGACUAUACACCGGAGAACACACACAGGAGAGAAACCUUAUGGCUGUGUUCAAUGUGGGAAGGGUUUUGUUACAUCUAGCAGUUUGAUUAUACACCAGCGGACACACAGGAGAGAAAUCAAUGUGGCAAGAGAUACUCUGGUAAAAAAUCUCUGAUUAACUAGCAGAAAAUACAGCCUCCCGAGUGGCGCAGUGGUCUAAGGCAUCGUAGUGCGAGCUGUGCCACUAGAGAUCCUGGUUUGAGGCUCUGGGCUGGUGGAAUAGAUUCCCAGUGUGGAAAGAGGGUUCAGUCAGUUAGGGAACCUAAUUGUGGAAAGACAUUUUUCUAGGACACAGGACCUAGAAUAAAUCAAAUCAAAUCAAAUCAAAUCUGACAAUAUAGAUGCUGUGUUCUGACAAGUUUUUGGCUGAGAAUGUUGUUGAUGCCUGAAAACACAUGAGAGGGAACACACAGUAGAAAAGCCUUUCCAAUGAUCCACUAUGAUAAUGUUGUUGAUGCCAUGUGAAAUCAUGUUUGUAUGAAAAAAAUAGGCCUAGUUGAGUUUUUUCCUCUCGAGACAUGAUCAUGUCUGAAAUCAGAUUAACAUUUAAAAAAUUUGUAUUUUAUUUUGAUUAUGGAUUUGAUUGAAUACAAGUAUGAACCCUUUAGAUGUUAAUGAUAUGAUUUGGAAAGUUGUAGAUUUUAUUAAAUAGAUUUAAUAAAAUGUGUAUUUCUUGAUACACCCCCAGAGGGCAACAUCGUGACAGUACUAGUCACGAUAUACACCCCCAGAGGACCACGUUGUGACAGUACUAGUCACGAUAUACACCCCCAGAGGGCCACGUCGUGACAGUACUAGUCACGAUAUACACCCCCAAAGGGCCACGUCGUGACAGUGUACCGUAAUUUCCGGACUAUAAGCCGCUACUUUUUUCCCACGCUUUGAACCUCGCGGUUUAUACAAUGAUGCUGAUAAUUUAUGGAUUUUUCCCGCUUUCACAAGAUUCAUGCCGCCAAGAAACUGAGCACCGUCACAUAAUGUGACGUAAAUCGAGUGCGCUCAAACGUCCCAUCAUUAUGAUUACGGUAGUCAUUUUGUCACCCUCAUCAUGGCAAAGACACGGAGAAAUGCAUAUGAUGCAGCUUUCAAGCUGAAGGCGAUCGAUCUGGUU